CGCGACUCCCUUUCUCCUUAUAUUCUUCACUUGAUGAUCUGGUUUCCCUUCCCCUCCUACACUAGUCAACCAAAAUGAUCCGCGAGAUUGCGUACGGUUUCGCAGGCCUCGUCCUCGCUAUCACGGUGGACUUUCUCUUUGGCAUUCGCGACGACCCAAGAGAGCCGCCACGGUUGCGGCCAAAGAUACCUUUGGUCGGCCAUGCUAUCGGGCUGUUUCAGUACGGAACUGGGAGAUAUUCCAGCCGACUUAGCCAACGGACAGAUGCAGAAAUGUACACGCUAGGCAUAUUUCAUGUGAAGGUAUAUGUUUGUAACAAUCGCCGCUUGGUGCCAUUGAUCCAGAGGAGCUCCAAGACGCUUUCCUUACGCCCACUUAUACAGCUUGGAGCUAAGAAAUAUGCUGGCGCGAACGACGAAACCUAUCAUCUUUUUGGUCGCAAACUCGCGGACGAGUUUGGCGACGCACAAACAUCAGCCCUAUCCCCAGGACCGCAUCUCGAUAAGGCAAACUUGAGGAUGGGAAAACAGCUGAUCGUCGAGCUGGAGGGUCUUUUGGAUAUCCCCCGUGGCAUGUCCAAGACCAUCAAGCUGUAUAAGUUGGUCAAAGACACGGUCGUCCAAGCGACGGGUUCUGGCAUUUACGGUGCCAACCAUCAUUUCCGCGACCCAGUGGUUAAUGACUCGUUUUGGAAAUGGCAACCAUAUCUCGCCGCAGAAAUGACUGGUCUAGGCUUGUUCACCGCCAAGGGGCGUGCCGCUCGGGAUAAGGUGAUAGAUGCAUGCCGCAAGUAUAACGAGUCAAGUAUCGAAGACGCGGCCUAUGUGGUACACGAACGCCAUCGCGUCUUGCGAGAAGCUGGCAUUUCGCCGGACGAAAUCGCAAAGCGGGAUGCCACCUUCCCAAUUGCCAUGUUCGCAAACACAAUCCCAACGCUUUAUUGGGCAAUAUGGGAGCUAUUCUCGAGACCGACAAUUCUCAAAGAAGUCCGGGACGAGAUCGAAUCUCGCGCCGUGAGCGGCUCUAAGCAGGAUGGGUUCGUGCUAGAUGUGGCAGCCCUCAAGUCCAAAUGCCCGCUGCUAUUGUCCAUGUUUGAAGAGACGCAAAGAACACGCCACAUCCACGCUAAUACCCGGGCAGUACUGUCAGACACAUUGCUAGAUAACGGCAAGUACCUCCUGAAGGCAGGGAAUUAUCUCCUCGUGCCUGGGCGGCCUAUUCACUCAAACGUUGGCAUAUGGGGCCCGUCCGCUUUAGAGUUUGAUCCCUAUCGUUUCAUUCCGAAGAAAGGUAGUGACCGGGAAGCUGUAACUCCGAGUGCUUUCUUGGCCUGGGGUGCGCCGCCGCACCUAUGCCCGGGAAGGCAGUUUGCAUCCACUGAGAUCUUGAUUGCGCUAGCCCUGCUGGCGGUUCGGGCGGACUUGCAACCGUCGCGUGGAUCGUGGGAGAAGAACCCGGCGUUGAACUACGGCGAACAUGCUGCUAUUGAAAGUCCCAAGAGAGAUGUUGACAUCGAGGUUAAGGUGCGAGAUCGAUGGACUGGAGACUGGAGCUUAACUGCUAGUGAGAGUCUGAGUAGGAUACCCCUUGCUUCUGGUUAAAAACAGGCUGUUUUGGAUGAUUCGAAAAAUGAAACGAUCAGAUUCUUAAGACAAGUUCAGUAGAAAACCAUGAAACCCACUGGACUAGAAUUAGAUAAUUUCUACCUCAGGCUUCUUCUCUACCAUCUAUACACCUAAGAUAGCUC